GACUCGUAUUUUGACGUGUACACUCUUGUGAGGACCGGAAGUAGAAUUGGCAUCGAGGAUUUCCUUCGGAUCUAUGCUGUACCGAUGGUCCAUGCAUUUUGGCUAACUUAAAACGUUUGGUUUACAAACGUACCGUAUGUUACGUUAGAGCAACCAGAUUGUAGGUCAACUAAUCUUCGUGAAGUAAAUGCAAUCUGUUGUGGACAAUAAUAAUGUAAUUAAUGUAUCAUAUUAACUUUAUGAUUUCUUUUCACAGUUAGAUGAAAGCGUCCUCUACUGUCGUGCUGUUUGUUAAACGGAAGGCCUUCUUGUUUUAGUAAAAAAAAGUCCUUCCGGAUUAGCCACCAGGUAAUCUGCAUUGUUUGUCAUCAUCAAUCGAGUCCACUAUUUCUGCAAAAUGUCAAUGUCUCACGAAUCCGUGAUCACUUUUCAAAACCAACUCGCUUCGAUUAUGGAUGUUUUGCUGAAAAACGCAGUCUGCGAAAUAACAAAGUUAUUCGAAACCAGUUUAUCUGAAAUUCACUCUAUCAAUGUGACACAACGCGAGAUGGAAGUCUGUGCAUCAAAACUCAAACUGCAGCAAGCAGGUAAAACGCCAGAAACGGAGGAGGAAUACAGUGCAAACAGUGGAAGCAACAAGACGGAGUUUGAGACUUGGGAUGAACACCUUUGCUCUGGUACCAUCGACGUAUUCGGACACUUUGUUUCCAGCGAUAAUGAAAAUGUGACAAAGACGUCAACGGCUGUAACGGAUAAACAGGAUGGUGACAGCCAUUCCGAGGAUCGAGACUUCGAGCAGCGUUGGAACUGCGAUUUGUGGCGAGAUGGAGAAAACUCAAGUUCUGAAGCAAGGAUAACGCAGACCCAGCCCAUCCAGGUCAAACGGGAGAUCCCCGAGACUGAUUCGUGCUGCUCCGCUUGUGGAAAGAUGCCUGUGUCUGUCGGGUCACUGUGCACCGCGUGCACCGGCUUCAGCCACCAGGGGGCGCACGUUGACUCCCAGACAUCAUCGCUUUUACAACCAGGCAUGGAGAGCCUUCGAGCGGCGAUGGAGGAUGUGCAAGCCGCCGUUAAGAGAACACUGCCCGAGCUGGAGGCGGAGCAACUGGGCCGUUUGGUGGAACACCUUACGGGAAAUGCCGGAGUGGAGAGCAGUGGCGAUCUUCAGUAUGUGCGGCUGAAAGAUAUUCAAGACUGCUUGAUGCCGAUCCAGUGCCGGAGAUUUCUUCAGCCCUGCAAGGAAAGAGAGUCCGUUGGUGAACAGGCUCUGCCGAGCUGUUCGUCGUCUCCUCCGCCUUCGGAGUCGCGCGGCGGAUGUAAGAGAGAACCGCCGUCCCCUCCCCUGUGUCCCGCUGCUCUACCUGCCAGCCCACCGCAGGUGAACGUGAGCUCGUCGUGGGUCAGCAUCUUCCAGGUGCCCUGGGAGAGGAUGCCCCCGACCCUCCGGGAGGCCGUGGCCAAAGGUCACCGGCCCAGAGCGGCCGACCGGAGGCUGAUGGUCCGGCUCACCGUCGACGCCAUGCUCGUGUGCUGCCCCAACCCCAACAGGGCUGCCUGCGCCGAAAUAGCCAAAGCCAUAGUGGCGCGGCACCCGGGUACCUUCGCGGACCUGACGGAGGAAGGGGAGAAGCUGGGCAGCGGGUACCACUCCCUCCUCACCCAGCUGAAGACCCGGGUGGAGCACGUGAACAGGAACAACCUCGUGCACCGGAUCCGUCGGCCCAGGAGAACCGGCGCGGGCCAGGACGGCGAGAGCGGCAGCAGGCCGGCCAGGUGCCUGCGCUCCAGAGUCGACGGGUACGGGUGCGUCAACUGGCAGCCCAAGGAGCUCCCGGAAGGGGAGACGGCGGAGUCUCUGGAAGCCAAGAGGCGGACCAUGGCGGCCAUUUUCCAUAGCUUGGGCCCCGACGGCGCGUCGGAGGCGGAGGUGGACGAGCACAUGAGGCUGACGUACGUCUGCCAGCGGCGCACGAUCAACGGGUGCCCUCCUCCGACCGUCGGCGAGGUCCGGGAGCGGUGGCCGUUCCUCUUCACCCGGAGGUGGCUCUGCUGGCACUUCCACACCCUCACCGGCGUCGACGUGGACAGCCGUCUGAGCGAGGCCCUCCUGACCAAGGGCAGGAGGAUCGUGAGCUUCUUUCAGAGCCAGAAGGCCAAGUGGAGCCGGGACGUCCAGCGUCUGCUCAGCGAGAUGCAGGGGGACUUCAGGGGGACCGAGGAGAACCUCACCACCAUCGCUGCCAUUCUUUUGGUGAUGAAACGCUUCAAGGAGAAAGAGGACUCUCUCUUCCUCUCAGCAGAUGCGACUGCAACGAAGGAGGACAUAGAGGAGCAGCUGACUUUGCCAGUCAGCCCAAGACUCAUCAUGCUUGGGAGUAGCCUGCUCACUGCGACCCGGUGGAUGGUUAGCAUGGAGGGCAAAGUGGCCUACGUGCUGGACGGCCAAUCAGAUUUUGCAGCUGCCCUGACCGUCCUCUUCAGCUGCUUUUACGUCUUUAACAUAGAGUACCAGGAGUCGGCCUGCGCCACCCUGGAGCUCAUACAGAGGUUCUUCGCCAGGAUAAACCCGGAGUACGGGGUUAAGUGCUCGGCCAAAGUGGGCGUGAGCCGCAAGUCGGGCACCAUCGUGCAGCGGAAGGCCGCCGCCGUCAACCCGCACGUCACCACCUUCCUCCAGCACCUCAUGGAGUUCGAGUGGAAGACCUCGAAAUAACACUCAGACACACACACUCAGACACACACACACGUCACCACCUUCCUCCAGCACCUCAUGGAGUUCGAGUGGAAGACCUCGAAAUAAAUAACACUCAGACACACACACUGACACACACACACA